GCGUGGGCUAUUAGUAUUCAUAUCCACAACCUUUUGUCCGGGCGGGUUUAGCUUAACCCGUUUCAUUCCUAAGUCCCUCUUUUUAAUUUUACUUGGACUUGAUAUAUCCGGCUAGGACUGCUAGGAGCCCAACCAAACCGCUCUGUAGAGUGAGGCGCGUGGUCAUCAAUCGUUGUCCUAAAAACUCUAGUGUUAGUCUCUUGUCAAUAAAUAAAAAACUCAUCUUGACACCCUAGGGUUUUAUCUUCUUUAGACUUCUCCAGUUUCAAGCAACCAAGCCAACCCUUAUCAUUCUCAGGAGCUUCCACCAAAACCCACAUUUUUCUCAUAAAGGAAUGGCAACAUCUCAGCUAACAGCAUCAUCAAUGACAGUGUCAGCAAGGAAUUUGGCUUCAUUUGAAGGGCUAAGACUAUCCACUGUGAAGUUCUCUUCUUUUGGAGCAUUAAAGCCUGGGGCUUUGACCCACAGGUCCUUUAAGGGUUUGGUUGUAAAAGCGGCUACCGUUGUUGCUCCUAAGUACACUUCAAUUAAGCCCUUGGGUGAUAGAGUGUUGGUGAAGAUCAAAGAAGCAGAGGAGAAGACUGAGGGUGGCAUUUUGCUUCCAACAACAGCUCUAUCAAAGCCUCAAGAAGGUGAGGUGGUUGCUGUUGGUGAGGAGAAAACAAUGAGGAAGACCAAAUUGGAAUGCUCUGUCAAGACUGGUGCCCAGGUCAUAUACUCUAAGUAUGCUGGAACUGAGAUUGAGUUCAAUGGCUCAAAUCAUCUCAUCCUGAAGGAGGAUGAUAUUGUUGGGAUUCUUGAAACAGAUGACAUCAAAGAUCUCAAGCCUCUGAAGGACAGAGUUUUUAUCAAGGUUGCAGAAGCUGAGGAGAAAACUGCUGGAGGUUUGUUGCUGACAGAGUCAAGCAAGGAAAAACCUUCCAUUGGCAUGGUGAUAGCUGUUGGACCUGGUGCUUUGGAUGAGGAAGGUAACAGGAAGCCACUAUUAGUUGCCCCAGGAAACACCGUCAUGUAUUCCAAGUAUUCAGGCAAUGACUUAAAGGGCAGUGAUGGUACUAAUUAUAUUGCUCUGAGAGCAUCUGAUGUACUGGCUGUGCUCUCUUAGUUGUCGAAUAAAAUGUGCGUUAGAUGUGCGUUAGUUGUCUGAUAACAAUCACAAGGAUUUUGUAAUUUUAUUUCCUUCAGUAUUAAAUAAUUGCAGCUUUGUUUUCGUAAGUCCAGUUGCU